AUGGUAGAGAUACCGCAGAACAUGACGGUUGCCAGCGCAAAGGCCGGCGUCUGGGAGACCGUCAAGUCCAAAAUUAAAAACCCGAGGACGAAGACCAUCGUCAGUGGCAAGUCCUUGAUAAUAAUACCGGACGAUGAUAAUACGUUGGAUGUGAUGAGAGGUCUGCAAGAUGUAAUAGAAAUAGGACCCAGAAAGCCACGGGUCAUUAUAUAUGACGUGGACUUCAACAUUGAGAAGGACGAGCUAGCCGAAUGCCUUCUGGUACAAAACACCGAGGUAGGUUUAACCGAUGAUAAAGUUAAAAGUAUGGCACCACUUCAUAAACUAGGCCCACGAGGCGGGGACGUGGUCCACUGGGUGCUUGAGACACCAGCCAACGUCAUUCCCAAAAUUGAGAACAAGUCAUUGUAUAUAGGCAUGAUGAGAUGCAGAUGA